AUGGGUGCCAAACAGUAUCGGUUGGAGGUGACAGCGGACCUGGGCGGAGUCACCACGCGUUGGCGCACCGACUGCAUCAAGUAUCCGAAGUCCAACAAGAAGGCCCGUGACUGGGCGGCCGAAGCGGCCCUCGCUGCUGUCUGGCGGCCAUCUCAUUGUGACCGCUAUGCCACACUCUCGAAAGACACGAGCAAAGUCGAACCGGCGCCUCCAAGAACCAAACGGCCACGAGACUGCUGUCUGCAAGAUCUUUUUUGCGGGCGCGACCACUGCCACACACCACCUGCAAAGCGUGCUGCACCUGCAGGGGCUGGCCGACCGAAGGGAAGCUUCGGCCGGAAGAGGUUGCAUGAGAUGAUGGCAACAUACAAGGCGCGCGUGGAGCAAGGCCAGCUGGAGUUUGCUGACAUGCAUGUGCGGGACCUCUCCACCGCGAUGUUGGAUGCGGCGGGGUGUGCGAAGGGCAGAGGCUCUGCGCAAGCUCGCAAAGCAUAG